CAGCCACACGGCAGCAGAGAGUCUUUAUAUGUUGUGUGUUUCAAGUACAAGCUCUCUAAACCGCUUAAACCGUUCUCCAACCGCGAAAACACUGAUCUUGAUUAUUAGGCACGGGGAUCCGUGAGAAUACACUUUUUUCUUCUUUCUGAGCGCGCUCGUGAACUGCUCCACGGGUCGCGCGCUCUUGCCAGGGUGUCGCGCUUCUUCAUUCACGGAGCGGAGGCGGGAGUCGCUCGGUGUCUCUCGGUGAGAGGAGAAGAGGAGAGUUCACCGACGAGCAGCUUAAACUCGCUCUCGUCCACUGUGGAGUAGACUUCGUUACAUUAGAGAGUUUCAGUGGAGUUUCAUUCAGUUUACACGGAGAGCUGCCUCCGAAAGUUAUGAGAGUAACAGAGUCCUGCUCGCGUCCGCUUCUUAUCAGUUAGCCGUGAAAGGUUUGAGCAGCUGUUCCACAUCAGUUCUCCGUCUUCGGCGGUUUUGACCGUUGGAGAUCCUCCUGACAGAAGACGUUUAAAAACUUACUCUCCAAACCUUUCACUGCGCGUCUCCAGUUGCAGACAUGGAUAAAUACGACGAUUUGGGACUUGAGGCGAGUAAAUUCAUCGAGGACUUGAACAUGUAUGAAGCAUCGAAGGAUGGCUUAUUUCGCGUGAAGAGAGAUGCGGGAAACAACCCGGAUUUUGAAGAAACCAGGAAGGUUUUUGCCUCAAAGAUGACCAAAAUACACUUGCAGAAGCAGCAAGAGGAGAUGACAAGAAACAGUCUGGCGGCAAGGAUCAAUGGAAGUCAUUCGAAAGUGUCAGAUAACACAUUUUACACCAAAGACAGACCACCCAUCAAUAGUUAUAGACAGGGUGGUGAAGCAGCAGCCAAACCACCCAUCAUGUCUGGACCAGUGGUUGGCCCCGCCAGUGUGACUCCAUACAUAUCUUAUGAAGGACAAAAGCAUCAUUCAGCCAGCUUACCUGAUGGAUCCAGUGACAGAGCUAUUAAGGAGACUGGGAAUGCUGUUAACCAAAUACCAGUGCCAGCACGAUCGGCACCCUCUACCAGCCCCCCCGGCACAUGGGCGUCAAGAAGCGGCAACCCGUCUCAGACGCCAUCAUCUCCUUUCUCGAACAGUUCCUCCUCUUCUAGCUCACCUGGAGCGGGUCAGAAUUAUUCUCCAGUGUCUCAGGGAUUCCCUCAAACAGGGAGGUCUCCCUCUCAGUCGCCCACAGGAACGUACAGGGAUGCAUAUCACCAGCCUCAACAGGUUAGCCCUGGGCAGCACUGCCAACCAAACUCUGCCAAUGGACCGACAUAUCAAAAUGGGGGAGCUCAUAAUAUUGGCACCCCCUCACCUACCCAGGUGACCCAACCUCCAUUGUCUCAUGGAGUGAAGCAAGGUGAGCCAUCCCAACCCAAGAGCCCUGCUCCCAGUAACCCGACAGUGCCCGCUUCUACCCCUGUUGAGUCGCCCCAUGAUGAGUCUUCCAGCCCUUCUCGGGCACUCAAGCUGCCAUGCCAGACCCUCCAUGUACAGGCAGAUCAGGGGCCAUCAGUGGCUGAAAUAAAAUUAGAAGCUCUAACUGAACGCCUGGAAAAGGAGAUGGAUGCCCAGCCAAAGGCUGAGUACUUUGGCAGCUGUGUGAAGUGCAGCAAGGCUGUGUAUGGAGCGAGUCAGGCGUGUCAGGCCAUGGGCAGCCUGUACCAUGACAGCUGCUUCACCUGCAGCGCUUGCAGUCGAAAGCUCAGAGGGAAAGCCUUUUACUACGUUUGUGGGAAAGUGUUUUGUGAAGAGGACUUCCUGUACUCUGGGUUCCAGCAGUCUGCCGACAAAUGCAACGUAUGCGGACAUUUAAUCAUGGACAUGGUGAGUCUGAUGGACCUCCACACCCUGCAUUAGUCACAACAUCACACUACUGAGAAUCUCACACUACAGAGCUUGAAGGAAUCGGUUGGGUUUCAUCUGUACAGCUAACUUAUACAUUGCUCCUUAAAGGGUUAGUUCACCCAAAAAUGAAAAUUAGGCCAUAAA